AUGAAUUUUGUUUCUACAGGAGGUUAUGCUUGGGUUACUCUCGCCACCAACGAUUCUUAUUCGCUGGGAGCUUUGGUUCUUGCCCACUCGCUGAAAAAGUCAAACACUUGUCACAAGUUAGCAGUUUUGAUCACGCCAGCAGUGUCGCAACCAAUGAGGGAGCAAUUGCAGACUGUUUUUGACGUUGUAAAAACGGUCGAUGUUUUGGACUCCAAAGAUGAAGCUCAUUUGGCUCUUUUACAAAGACCCGAAUUAGGAGUUACAUUUACAAAAAUACACUGCUGGAGGAUGACAGAAUUUGAAAAAUGUGUUUUUUUAGAUGCUGAUACUCUCGUCGUGAGAAAUUGCGACGAAUUAUUUGAAAGAGAAGAAUUUUCCGCAGCACCUGAUGUGAGUUGGCCCGAUUGUUUUAAUUCGGGAGUUUUCGUAUACAAACCCUCCAUGGAAACUUUUAACAAACUCCUACAAUUUGCCGUGGAAAGGGGAAGUUUUGAUGGAGGGGAUCAAGGAUUGUUAAAUCAAUUUUUCAGCGAUUGGGCAACGGAGGAUAUAAAAAAACAUCUUCCGUUUGUAUAUAAUUUAACAACCGUAGCUGCUUAUUCUUACGUGCCAGCGUUUAAACAAUUCGGUUCGGAUACUCGUAUUGUUCAUUUCAUAGGCACGGGAAAACCUUGGCUCCAGCAAUUGGAUCCGACGACGAAAAAGAUAACGCCGACGCCCGGAUCGGAGCAUUUAACUUCGCUCCUACAAAAAUGGUGGGAUUUAUUUUGCGAGAAAGUUCAUCCCAAUUUAAACAAAGGAUUGGACGUUGCUAAUGGAAUGUUGCAUCUACCUUUAGAAGCGUGCUCUAAUUCUUUUCCUGUUGAUUGUAACGAUGAAUCUCGUAAUCGAAAUUUUUAUGAGCCGCCUGUAUCGUACCGAGAAAUAAACGAUUGCAGACAAAUCAAUCUUCCCUAUCAACCUUUUGUAGUUAAAGGAUCCUCUGGAGAAUUUUUGAAUAUCGAGGGUUUUAUUAAUUCCAUCAAACAACAACAACAACAACAACAUGAAGAAAACGUUGAGGAAAAAGAGGAUGGAAAUUUGGAUGAACGUGAUAAAGAACAACAACAAAAUAUUGAUUCUAAUCAUUAUUAUUAUCAUCAUCAAAGUUCCGAAAAUCAUUACAAUGCAGCGGAUUCGAACAACAGCGAAAAUCACUCGAACGGAGAAACGAAUAAUAACGAAGAACAAAAUAAAGAAAAUUUAGAAAAUGUUUCAUCGAACGCAUGGGAGAAUGAAAACUACGAGAAAAGUCCUUUUGAUUACGACACGUUUUAUCCGGACAUUAUUUGCAUCAAUAAUUAUUUGGAGCAAAAUAUUCUAAAGUACAAACCUUUCGAUUUCUGCUACAGAAACGGAAAAUAUUAUUACAUCAGUAAUAAUAAUAAUAAUAAAUAUAAUUUAAUUAAUUAUAAUUACUUGGACGACUCUGAUGAAUUCGAACGAAAAAUGUUGCCGAGAUUUUUAACCAUACCGGAAAAUGAUAAAAGACAAAGCGGAAACCGAGGGUUUUUUUAUAAAUUUUGGCAGACGUUCGGUAAAAGGGAAAAAAAUAAAUUUCCACCCGGUGAUGACACUCAAUGGAAACCGGAAAACUAUUAUUACUACAGUUUUUUAAAUGAUAAUAAUAAAAAAUACUUAUUACAUAAAUCGAAAUCGCUGUCGCAUUUAUCCGUCGGCGAAUACUCGAAUUUCAUUUCGGAAAAUCAAUCAUCGUCAUUUGACGUCUCGGAUGAUAAUAAAAAAUAUUCGAUGCCGAAAUUGAAACCUCUUUUACCGAGACGUGAUUCCUUUCAAUCGAAUCCGUCCGUUCAUCCAAAGGUAACCCAUUACACGGAAUUCUUGAUAAGUUCCGAGUACAAAGACCCGGAAAAUUUACCCAAAGACAACGUUGGAUUCGUUGAAAAUCACAUAUUGAAACAAAGGGAGUUGAAAAGGAGCAAAUCGGAUGCCGAUAUCUUGAAUAAAUUCGGACCUUUACCGUAUGGCUCAACGACUGAAAGAGAAAGAAAACCCGUUGCUGCUCCUGCUGUUGUUGUUGUUAGAAAAAAAGAGCUUCAAAAACACGAUUUGCAAAUUUACGAUAUUAAAAAUUGCAUGCGUCAAAUGGGUAACAAACCGAAAAUAUCAGAUGACUCCAUCACCACAACAAUGAGAAAAAGAAAUUUCACGACUCAAAAAUCUGCAUUACCUAAAAAUUCGGGUAAUUUUCAAAAGAAAAAAUAUCCGAGAAAACCUUUGUUCACGCUUGGUGGAGACGAUGAAAAAAGAGAAAAAUAUAAAAAAGACAGUAAAAUAUGGAAAAAGUUAAAAAAAGAAAGGAAGCACGGAGGAGGGGUAGGAGUAGGAGGAGGAGGAUCGUUAUCGACUUUUUUCGAAUCCAAUCAAAACGUGCAAGCUAAUAACGUAAAUGUUAUUUUAGAUAGACUUUUCGAAUACAGUAAAAAUUAUUUGCAUUAUUUCGAAGAAGUUAACAAGAAAAAUUGUCGUAAAAGUAAAAUCGUAGAAAAAAAAUCAGAGUCCGACAAGGAAAGAAAAGAAAAUGGUACCUGUGAAAAUUUAUUAGUGAUGACGGAACUGUUAAAAAAAUCGGGUAAAGAUUCUGCGAAACCGAACAUCGAGUUCGACAAAGUGAGUAAAAGCUCAGAAAGGAGUAAGAAUAAUGAAAAUGGCGAAUGCCUUACAACUAACGGGGUGGAAAAAAGUGAAACGAAUAAAAAUGGCGGAACUCACGUGAAAAACGAUAAAUUUAAAAACUUUAAAAAUUACAUACAGGGUCAGUUCGAAAGCGCUCAAAAAGGUUUUACCGAAAUUUUGGAAAUCGCGGAUAACGGCGUAAACGAAGAUAAAAAACAAAAUAUUCUUUUCAAAAAAGGAAAAACAAACGAAAAUGUCAGGUUGAUUUCUUACAGGAACGCUCUGUGUUGUAAGGGAAAAGACCAAGAGGAAUCCGUCGACGUCAGCGACGACGAAAUUAAAUUCACGGCAGAAACUUUUCCAGUGACUCCACUUCCGUUGACCAAUGGACGGUUCAAUCCUAUGGAAGAAAUGUUAAGUGAAUACGAUUAUGAAAUCUCGGGUGCUUUACGAGCAUCGUCUUCAAAGAGUCCGACAAAACUUGGAAAAGGGAAACGAAAUGGGGAAAUUACAGAAGACAAGAACAACGACGUUAAGAAAAAUGGUUUCGAGAAGAAGGUGGAAAAUUCCGACAAUUAUCGAAAGGUUAACGGUGAUGUUAACCGUGGGAACAAACAUACGAAAACGAUCAACGGAAUCGAUGCUGUGGAAAAUUCCAUAAUCGACCGUAAUCACAUCGUAAACGUCGAAGAAAAUCAAAAUAAGAAGAAAACAUGGAACGUUGGAUACAAAUCAGAAAAGUCUGGAAAAUUUCACGUCAAUAAGGUUGAAUCCGCUGCUAAUGUUAAACGAACGUCUUCGAAAUCCGUUACGACGAACGGACCGUUAGGGAAAAAUUGUCAUUUCAAAAAAGGAAUUAAUAAUAAAUUCGAAAUAUUAUCAAUGGAUUCUCCAGAGGGAACCGUUAACUUUACAAAAGGUAAAACCCAUACCGGUAGGAAAGGACCUAGAAAACCUGGUAAAAAUUUGCUUGCAACCACGACUAACAGAAUCGCCGACGAUAUUUCGCAAAAUGACGAGAGUAAUGGCAACGAUUUAAAAGGUGGAAAUAAUCGUUUGGAGGAGGAUUCGAAUUUUGACGUAAGUAUUUCAAAUUUAAGGAACAACAGGAGAGCCGGUGACGUCAGAAGUAAGUCUGGAAUAGCCGGUGCCAUCGCUCAACUCAGUCUUGAAUCCGGCGGAGAUUCCAAUUCGACCGCAGCAGCUUCAUCCGCACAUCAGGAAUACAUAAGACGUCAAAAUUGGGAAACCGGAAACAUGGAUUACAUGGGAAAGGAUUCAUUUGAUAAUAUUUGGUCUAAAAUUUGUCAGACAAUCGAAGAUAAGGUAAAGGUUCAAAUAAAAAAAAAAGUUAUUUAUAAUAAUAAUAAAAAGUAA